AUGAAAGUCGCUAGAAUAGACAGUCAUCAAGACCUAACAACCAUCAGAUACGGUAAGACUCGUAAACUUUUAUAAAGUUUUAUAGGUUUUGAAGCAAGCGUAGGACCAUGCCAAUAAAGUCUAAUCUUAUGCUUAAUAAGUUAAGCCUACCAAUACUCAACUUACGAAAGCCUAAGUCUAGUGAGUCUAAGCCUAAGCUGACUGUUGUUAAAUCUACUAAGUUUAAGCCUACUAUACCUACGCCUUUACGUAGCCAAAGCCUACUAAGCUUAAGUCUACUAAGUCUAAGCCUCCUAAGCCUAAGCCUACUAAGUCUAAAUCUCCUAAGCCUAAGCCUAUUAAGUUCAAGCCUACUAAGCUUAAGCCUGCUAAAGGCGGAUUGAGUCUACAAAACCUAAGACCUAUAAUAUCUUAGCUUACUAAACUAAAGCUAACUAAGCUUAAGCGUAUCUAGUCUUAGUCUAUUACGCCUAAAGUUAUUAAGUCUGAAGCUAGUAUUUUCAAAAAUUGAACUUAUAAAAUCAAAACAAUUUUAAAAAUUUAAUAAAAACCAUUUCAGGACCCUCCCUCCAGCCCCACUUCUUUCACUCCCAGCCCUCCACCUCCAAAUUCCGAAGCUAUGUCGAUAUUUUCAACAGUGACCGACCAUUAUACGACCAUUCCAGUCCAAUCUGUUACAUUUGCUACGAAGAUACGCCAACCGUAGUCUGUCGAUACUGCGAACAAAAGGUUGGAUGCAAGGAGUGUGUACAGAACUGGUCCAGAAGUAAAUGGAACAGCUACGAAGAGACGACUUGUCCACUGUGUCGAGUCGAAUGGCCCAACUACUACGAGGGAUUGAACAAGAAGUAG